CCUGCGCACUGCGGCUCUGAUGUUUGUUGAUAUGUGAGCUGCGGGUCUGUGCGGGGAUCCUCUGCGGGUCUGUGCGGGGAUCUGUGCGGUGCUGCCGCCCGAUGGAGAACCUCAGAGACCUGGUGGAGCGUCCGUCCAGGAAGCGCCGGGACUCCUUCGGGAUGUUGGACGGUUUGGACGAAGACCGGAGCAGCUGCAGCACAGAGUCCAGUGGAGGCAGCGGAGCGUCCAGCCCAGAGGACAGUGAAGAUGAAGAGUUAGGAGGAGGAGGAGGAGUGACUCCACUCACUGCCACCUCCUCCUCCUCCUCCUCCUCCUCCCUGAUGCUCAUCAAGACCAACGGGCAGGUGUACACGUAUCCUGACGGGAAGGCCGGCAUGGCGACGUGUGAGAUGUGUGGAAUGGUCGGAGUCAGAGAUGCUUUCUACAGCAAAACCAAACGUUUCUGCAGCGUCUCCUGCUCCAGAAGUUUCUCAUCCAACUCCAAGAAGGCCAGCAUCCUCGCCAGACUGCAGGGGAAACCUCCCACUAAGAAAGCCAAGGUUCUUCACAAACAGCCCCUGAUGACCAAACUCGCUGCCUACGCUCAGUCCCACCAGCAGGGCGGCGCCAGAAAGAGCGUCACUGCGGACAUGUUUGACUGGCCUCGUUACCUUGGAGAGGGGGGGGCGAUGGGAGCGCCGGUCAGCUGCUUCAAACAUGUCCCGAUGGGGAAGUCGUGGGACGACAUCAGUGAAGGAGUUCGUGUUGAAGUCCCAAACACUGACAGUGGACUUCCCCUGAAGGUGUACUGGAUCGCUGGCAUCAUCAAACUGGCAGGUUUUAAAGCCCUGCUGAGGUACGAGGGCUUCGACAGCGACUCCACCAGAGACUUCUGGUUGAACCUGUGUGUGCCGGACAUCCACCCGGUGGGCUGGUGUGCUGCCGGAGGGAAGCCGCUGGUCCCGCCCCAGAGUACGAGACGUCUCACCACACCCACACCAGACCCUGUUUGUUUUAAGGAGACAUGUUCAGCCCUCGUGCACCGGUUCAACAACUGGAAGAGCUUCCUCAUCAAGAGACUGACGGGAUCCAAGACCCUGCCGCCGGACUUCUGCUCCAAGGUGCAGGACAGUUUGCAGUUUCCCUUCAAGAAGCAGAUGAGGCUGGAGGUGGUGGAUAAGACUCACCUGUGUCGGACUCGGGUCGCUCUGGUGGAACAGGUGAUCGGCGGGCGCCUGCGUCUCGUCUACGAGGAGUGUGACGAUGGGACGGACGACUUCUGGUGUCACAUGAACAGUCCUCUGAUCCACAGCAUCGGCUGGUCUCGAUCCAUCGGACAUCGCUUCAAGCGGUCCGAUGUGACGAAGAGGCUGGACAGUCGGGUGGACGCUCCGGGGAAGCUGUUCGCCAAGGUGAAGGAGGUGGAUCAGAGCGGCUCGUGGUUCGAGGACGGGAUGAAGCUGGAGGCCAUCGACCCUCUGAACCUGUCGGCCAUCUGCGUGGCCACAGUGAGGAAGGUCCUGGCUGACGGGCACCUGAUGAUCGGCAUCGACGGGUCGGAGGCGGCAGACGGUUCCGACUGGUUCUGUUAUCACUGCACCUCUCCCUCCAUCUUCCCCUCCGGCUUCUGUGAGAUCAACAGCAUCGAGCUGACUCCCCCCAGAGGUUACUGCAGCCUCCCGUUCAGAUGGUUCGAGUAUCUGAGGGAAAGUAAAUCUGUGGCUGCUCCGGUCCAGCUCUUCAACAGGGUGAGUCCUGACGCCUCAUGUUCUUUAACCAUGAACCUGUUCUCAGCUCCUCCAUCUUUCCUCCAUCAGGACGUCCCCGACCACGGCUUCCACCCCGGGAUGAAGCUGGAGGCCGUGGACCUCAUGGAGCCCCGGCUCGUGUGCGUCGCCACCGUGACCCGCAUCGUCCACCGGCUGCUGCGGAUCCACUUCGACGGCUGGGAGGACCAGUACGACCAGUGGGUGGACUGUGAGUCACCUGACCUGUACCCGGUGGGCUGGUGUCAGCUGACUGGAUACCAGCUGCAGCCGCCUGCUGCUAACGCAGGCUCCAGAGAAUCACGGUCCUCCAAACAGAGGAAGAAAUCCCAACAGUACAAGGGACAGAAGAAGAAGAGGAAGCUGCCCGUCGCCAAGCGACCCGUCAGUCUGUCUGGUGCCGUGGUAACGGGCGUCCCCAGGAGUCUCUCAGGAGACGAGGAUGAGACGCCGCCAGAUUACCCAUCACCCCCCAUUCCUGUCUCCGCAGCUCAGCCCCUGUCUGCAGGUCCAGAGAGCAGCCCCCACACAGAGGGGGGGGCAGGUUCACACGUUAAAGACGAGUUUUGUCCCGAGACGACUGAAGCUGAGACCAAUGGAUCCUCUGGAGAUUUCUUCAUCAACCAGGACCAGUCGUAGGCCUCCUCAUCCUCAGUGGAGGAGGUCAGAGUUCAUCCUCUCACAUCCACUCUACAGUCGAUUGUGUUGGAUUGUGCACAUGUGCGUCUUCAGAUGUGAAACUAGCAGUUCACAGACACAAAGAAAGACAUUAAAUCCUCAUGAUGCACUGUACAUAACUUUUUUAGUUUGUCCCAUGUCCCAUCUGCUUACAUGGAGGAGGAGGGGAUCAUGAUUUAUACUGCAGCCAGACACCAGGGGGCGAUGGAGACGAUUUGGCUUCACUUUUGGAGCCGUCAUGUUUAUUGACAGACUCUGAUUCUCACACUUGAGUUACAACAAACCAAAUCAACACUAAUCCGACAUGUAUCUUUAAUCAGACACCACCAAGCUAACUAGCUCGCUAGCAUGCUAACUAGCUCGCUAGCAUGCUAACAGGAUGGGAAUGAAAGGACCUAGGGUCCGAGAUUACAGAGAUUAAAGAGUAAAUCUCACUCUCACUCUUUUAGAUUUUAAUCAAGAACAAAUCGUUUCAAGUGAAGGAAAAAAAGACUCGUCGCAGUUUAACUGGAAAGAAAAACCGAGAAGAAGAGAACGUGACGUCGUUUGUUCCUCUGAGAAAAGAAAUGAAGUAAGAAAAUACAACAAGAUGGUAAAACUUUUCUACAAUGAUUUAUAAUAUCUAAGAUCUUUAUUUGUUCGUGUUUUAGUGUUUGAAAGUUAAAACUUUAAUAAUAGAACAUGUAGCUGUAUAACUUCAUUUAAUGUGUGUGUGUCUGUAUGUGUGAGUGCGUGUGUGUGAGAAUCGUGUGAUAGAUGUUUUAUACUUAAACUGCAAAAUAUGAUAUUAGAAUCAUUUUUUAUUUAAGUCAGGAAAAUACCGAUAAUUAUUCAAAAAAAUUCUCACUCAGAAUUUGUGUCCAACUUAAAUGAAACGUUAACACUAACAUUUUACCAUUUAUGAGGUAACACAAAAUGUUCCGAUAGAAUCAACUUUUUGUGUUGAAUUAAAUUAAAUUAAAGUUAUUUCACCAAAUGAUCGAAAUUAAAAAAUCUCUGCAUCAUCAGACUGUGACAGUGACAAAGUUACAUAACUUGAUUUUAUUUAUAUAUUUAUUAUUUAAAAUAUAUAUACCCAGGCUUUUUAAUGCUCAAACAAAAAUUUGUUAAUUCAUUAAUUUAGUUCCUCAUUCGAUUUAAUCUGCAGCCGUGAGAAGAGAAAAUAUUCUGCUCCGCACCACCUCUCAGUGACCAGCAGAGGGCGACACCAGUGUUUUUAUGUUGUCUAAAGAAAAAGGUUCAUAUUAUUUCAAAAAGUUGAAAUAAUAUCUUUGAUCACUAGCUUUUCGUAUUUCAAAAACAUUUGUUAUUUUUCAUGAUUUGGCAAAAAAAACUAUAUAAUGGAGAUAAUUUUUAGAACAUGGUUUGCAUUUGUACAUUUGAUUAAAAGAGAAUUGUAUGAAAAGGUUUCCACAUUCUAACUGAAUCUAAAAAGAAGUUUAAUAAGUUAUGAAUGGAACCAAUAGGAUUUUGUUCAUAAUGUCAUCGAGCUGUAGAUUCACAAAAGAAAAGAAUAAAAUAAAACAAAUGUUUCAUCAGAUUCUUCUGUUGCUGACGCUCGGAGCUGAAACUCACUAUGAUCAAUUAAAUCAAAUGAAUUAUGUAAAACAUAAAUAAUAAGCAAUGAUCCAUAAUUAACUUUUUCAUCUUGUUGGAAGAUAUGGACGCCUAUUUCUGACACAAAUAUAAAAGAGAAAGUGAAAAUAUAUAGAGCAUUAUGCAGACUAACUUAAUUAUAUAAAUAUGACAAUAUAAGAGAAAAUUCUGACUGAUAAUUUCAAAUAUAUUAGAUAUUAAAUAUUUGUUCCUCUUAUAUUAUGACACUAAUGUCUUCUGUUUUUAUUUUCUUUAGUUUUUAUGCAUAGUUUUUCACAUGGAAAUGUGCGUGUGUAUCACAAUUCUGAUCUUAUCUGAUCUAAACAGAUCUAAUCUGAUUUAAUCUGAUCUGAUUUAAUCUAAUCUGAUUUAAUCUAAUCUGAUUUAAUCUGAUCUGAUUUAAUCUAAUCUGAUUUAAUCUGAUCUGAUCAAUGUGCAGCACUAAGAAAAUCUCUUUAAAGGAUCAGCAGUUUUUUAAAGUGUCGUCUGUGUUGUAGUGAGUUUCUACAGCGUCUAUAAUAAGUGUAUUUUUUGUAUUAUGGUGCUAAAUAUAGAUGAAAUCACAUGUUUGAUAACGUUUGUAAUGAUUUUGACGAAUCGUCUGUGACUCUGGUGAAGUCGUUGUUCCUGCUGUUUGCAAUAGAUUUUCUAUAAAGAGCAAAGUAGCGAGGAAGUUUCCGAUGUUUCGUGUGAAGGCCGCAGGAUUUAACGAGUUUAUAAAAUGUUUGUGAGUUUUAAUGUGAUUGAUCGAUUGUCGAGGACGAACCAGACAAAAUGAAGAUCUGAGUGAAACUGUUGACUGAAGCUUUUUAAACAGUUUGGUGGUGAUCAGGCCUCGAGCUGAAGAAACCACGUGAACCUUCGGCUGCUUCUGUCCGAGAACGGAUUUUAAAUCCUUUUUGUUCUGUGUUUUCCUGCAUUAACAGAUAAAUCUGUAGAAAUGAGUCAAAAGAAAACCGACACAACUUUUUACGGCAUGCAGAGGUUAAUGGAAACAUGUUAACAUCCGUGUUGUUCACGUGUUCAAGACGUUUACUGAGCGCAACACACACAUGUUACAAAGAAUAUAGAGAAUUCAAUCUAUAUGGUAUUAAUGUGGUUAUGAACUGAUGUUAUCUUUCCUGAAGCUUUUUUUAAACAUUGUGAGAUUUGUUUGGCAGCAUGAUUGUAGAUGUAAAAUAAAUAACUUGAGACAUUUUCUAUGAAAUAAAAAGAAAAUAUUGAACUUUAA